AGACAGCCCUAGAAUGAGAGAAAAUUCUUCUGUGUUGGGGACUAAGGGAGUUAUUGAUAGGUGUACGUUAUACAACAGUAGCGUCGCUAGGUCGGAUGUCACCAGGUUUCCCCUAAAGCGUUCAUCCUGCUGACUUUAAGCUGCUUUGUUCUGCAACUAAUGGCAGCUGAUGGUUCUCUAGAGCAACCACUGAUGUUGUCGCCACUAAUCAGAAAUCGUCAAAUCAAGCUGGCGCAGGAGCUAAGUCUUGUAAAAGAUGAGAAUUCUGUCAUACCAACUAGCCACACUGGGUUCAUUACUGUCGAAGAGAAACUCGGAAACCAUUUGUUUUUCUGGUUCUUUCCUUCAACGUCCGGGGCUAAAUCUCCGCUUGUGGUUUGGCUAAAUGGGGGCCCGGGAAAUCCGUCUACAUUGGGGUUGUUUUAUGAGAAUGGUCCGAUUUGUCUUACCAGGGACUGGUACGAGCGUAGCAACAUUUCGUGGACACAGACAAUGUCAAUGUUGUACAUAGACAACCCCGUCGGCGUCGGCUUCAGCUAUUCAGACAGUGGGAGCGCCGGAUAUAGGAUCGACCAAGAUGGCUAUUCUAAAGAUCUUUAUGAGUUUAUCGAACAAUUUUACAUUCUAUUUCCUGAAUACCAGAAACGAGAGUUAUACAUUGGCGGAAAGUCUUAUGCCGGAAAGUACGUGCCUGCAUUCGCUCAUUAUUUGCAUUUAGAAAUCGAAGCUGGAAGAUCAAAUCUUCCUUUAACAGGUAUUUAUCUUGGAGGUCCAUUCUUUGACCCGUAUGAGCAAGGUCUUGCUAUCUCUGACUAUCUAUUAGCUGUUGGCUAUAUCUCAAGAAAGGAAGCAAAUCAGCAUAAGAUUGUAAUCAAUGAGAUUUUCGAUGAAUUUCAGCACGACAGAUUAAAUGCUACUAACUUUGUUGACUUCUUUUACAGACUUUUUAUUUUAAAAACCGUUCGAUUUUCUUUAGACAACUAUUAUUCUGGUGAAUAUGCAAAACAAUACAAUCUGAUCAAAGUUGUGAGUUCAACUUAUUUAAGAAAUUUGAUUCACGUUGGAAAUGCGACGUUCAUUAUUUAUAAUUCUAAGUUUAGAAAUCAAAUGGUGACAGAUUUAUUGACCAGCACAAAACCCAAACUAGCCGACCUUGUGGAGAAAUACAAAGUUUUGAUAUAUGCUGGAGACUUUGACGCUCUUGUAAGUCCUGCUAUGAUUGACGCGGCUCUGCUGUCCAUGAAGUGGUCCAGACAGGAAGAAUACAACAACGCGACACGUUCUGUUUGGUUGGGUGAUAAUGGCACGCUGUCUGGGUUCUAUUCCAGAACUGGGAACCUCUGCCAGGUUAUCAUUAAAGGUGCCGGGCAUUCGGCGGGCUAUGACCAGCCGAAGAGAGCGUAUGACAUGAUGAAUUUUUUCAUUCAGCAAGGCUGUAUCGGCGAGGCAUUUACUCAAAUCUGAUUACAUGCCACAUAACUUCCUUUGGGACAUGUAUAAUCUGAAACCUGAGAGAGGUCGAUUUGUUCGUAUUUCCACAGAAAGUCAAUACGACCUUUGAUAUCGUCACACAGCACUAUUUAUCAAGAGUUUUAUUUAUUACUAUAGUAUAAGAUUCUGAUUAAAUACUUAGCGGC